AUGUUUGCCGCCUCCCUUCACUUAAGCUGUGAGCUCGACGACAAGGCUGACUACGAUAUCUGGGGACAGUCGGCUCAAGGUUGGGACGCAUGCAAAGACACCAUUGUGCUUAGAUUUGACCAAAAGCCAUUGUGUCCAAAGUACGUCGAAGCAUUAUGCGCUUGGUGUCGCGAUGACGUCCAGCCUUUGAUGCUGAAGGUCAAGGAGUUUGGUGGCUCAGACAGUUUGAAGAAGGAGGUCGUCGCUCAGAUCACUCAGGAAAAAUUUGAGGCUUUCAAGGACAAGUACGAGAAGGAGGGCAGAAUCGCAAAGUAUUGA